AUGUCUGAAUCGUUUUCCCUACCCUUACGGCCGGUUAGGAAGAAGACCGACGAGACAGACACGCUCCCUAUCCGAAUUGCUCAGAUCAACGCGCAGAGGGGCUCCUUCAGAGAUGUCACCGAGGAGAGCCUGUCGGAGGAGAUAGAAGCUCUGCGUGUGUCCGGAAAACAAGCGUCUGAUAUAGCGGAGGAUAUAGAAUCUGGAAAUGAUACUGAUGACAAGGAACAGCAGCUCUUUACCAGUCGGUCAGAGAUGCUUGAGUUCGCAACCCAGGCCCAAGUAGAAGCUUGCUACGCUCUUGAUUUCGUUUCCCUCGCCCUCUCAAAGUAUGCGCCGCGUCAGGUGGAGUUAUCCAUGACACCUUACGUCAAGCUCAAAAUCCCCGGUGGCUCCCUCGGCAUCGAUAAGAUAAAGACACCAGAUCAAACUGAGGCCGAUAGAAGGGACAUAGAGGUUGUAUCUAAGGGAUGGAAGCUUGAGAGCUUCAGCUCUGCGGCAAACAACCUGCUGGAAGCUGCUACUCGACUUCAAAAGGAGGUUGCCGCCGAGACCAAGUAUUGGUCAGAGGUUCUAGCAAUCAAGGAAAAGGGAUGGAAGAUAUGCCGUCUUCCCCGUGAGAGACAGACCCUAGGUGUGCAGCAUGGUUUUCUCGAAGCGGCCCCUGUUUUUAGGGAUCGAGGGCUCUCGGCACUGAGAAGGGGAGACGAAGGCUCUUUAUAUGUCGACCAAGGCAUAUAUGCGUCACCACCAAGAGUGGUGCGUAUUCGAAUACAAGAGGACGGGAAUACUGUGGGUGUGUCACAGCCCGCCUGCGUCAAACAUGACAGUAAUACAUCCGCACAGGAGACCUUCAUUCACCAAGCUAGAGACUGUCUCUUUGAAGAGGAGCUGUUUUACGAAUUAAAUCGUGAAGCGAGGGCACUUCUUCGGCAUGGGAUUGAAACUAGACAUAAUCAAAUCCUUUUCCAUUUGAGUGAUAGCCGCCAGGUCCUUGUUGACAUGGUCCCGAUAGAUGAGGCUGCUACUCUUAACCAAGAUGCAACAGAUGACCUUCCAGCCGAUGACCUUGCUCAUGCAAUUGCUUGUUCAAUCCGCAUCUUACUGACCCACGCUCAUCGGAAGAACCAUCGUCGCCGAACACAGAUACCAACUGCCAUCUCUGUAAAGAAACGCCAAACAGCAGAAUACCCUCUCCUCCAACCCAGUAUUGCCUACCUGCAGCAUAGAUCUCACACCCAGUGGCUUAUGUCAUGCCUUCAUAAUAUCACCAAUACACUGCUCUCGGCCGGGCUCAAAUGCAAGUACGGAACAAAUAACGCUCUUCCUAAGGAUCUCCCUGGAACUCUCCCCAACCACAACAAACAUAUACCCCUUGUAGAAUCCCUUGUGGAAUCUUUUCUUAACACUCAAGAAACAAAAGUGUCGGGCGACUUCCUCAGCCCGAAUAGUUGGUAUAAAAUCCUGGUUCGGACAGACCUCGGCCCCACUGCUCUUGGGACCGAAUUUACCAUACGGACCACCCUGGCUUCUUUACCACAGCAGCAGAUUACCCAAAGAUUUGGCACUCGUGAAGACAUAAAAGAAUUCCUUAUAUACCUGUUUACUUUGGAUAUAGUCCACACCAUUCCGUUCCGUGGUGGAACGAAGACCGUGUCUUCUUUACCCGGUACAUCAGAGAGAGAGGUGGCGACCAACACCCAUGGAGCAGAUGAGGACCGCACUGACAUACGAACCACUGUUACGGAAGCCGCCAUAUGGGAGCCUACCUUUGCGGAGAAUGGGGAACUAACAGCGUACAUGCCCGGGAAAAACAGCAAUAAAAAACUCCGAGUGAUUUUGAACGAAGACUCACUAGUACUGCAUUGCAUGUCAAUGAGUUCAACCGAGGCUGGCAAGGUGGAGGAUAUCAGAUACCUAUGGACCGUUAACCAAACUGAAGAGGAAUCUCAUGUCACACUCCAGGAAGCCCUCAGGCGUAUUGAGAAUAGUGAGUGA